GGCUCGUUCCGACUUAUAUACUACCUGCAAUAGAAAGACAACUUUUGGGAAAGUUUCAUGCAGAUAGCUUUAAAACUGAGAGACUAGUUUGCAUAUAAACGGACGGACAGACGGACAGACGGACAGACGGACAGACGGACAGACGGACAUGGCUAGAUCGACUCUCCUAGUGAUGCUGAUCAAGAAUAUAUAUACUUUAUAGGGUCGGAAACGUCUCCUUCACUGCGUUGCAAACUUCUGACUGAAAUUAUAAUACCCUCUGCAAGGGUAUAAUAAACUCUAGCCCGCCAAGAGGCUCUCGAUCCCGCAGUUUGGCUCCGCCCCCAACAUUAUCCCCAUCGAGCACCCUGCUGAGCUGCAAUUUCGGACGAGGCGCCACGGAAUAUGAGACUGUGGCCGCCCGCCAGACUUUACAAGUGUUUUCCGUCCAUUUUAUGGACCAGCUCCUUUCCCCACUGGGUCUGUAAUGGAAUUAAAGGCGUAAUGCAAUACAGCUGGCAAAGUUUUUGCAGCGGUUAUUUCCAUGGGCUCUCGUUACUGUUCGUUCUUUUGCCUGCCAGUAGCCGUCGUCGCUUCUCUAGACAGGCAUUAAAUUUAAUUAAUAUCUUCUGUUUUUUAACAGAGUGAGGUCCUCAAAAAAUGUGAUACUGUUCGCUGUUGUUUCUUUUGGCGCUUAUUGUUAUUUAAUCUAUGUCAGAUUGAUUCAGAGAAUUGAUUAAAUUUGUUUAAGCCAUUACAAUUAGUUGCAACCUAAUUAGUUAAGUUUCUUAGAGCCGUUUCUGUUUUAGUUUUGCAAAGGGUAUUAUAAUUUCAAAGCAGUAAAGGAGACACGUCCGACCCUUUAAAUUAAAUUUAAUUAAAUCGCACACUCUAUUUUUAGUUGGCCAUGCAUUUGCCUUUAAAAUCAUUAGGCUACAGCUAAUCCAGAAGUCUACAGCUCACCCAGAAAGCAAGCUAAUUUAUAUUUUUUCAAAAUGAAAAAGAUUGCUAAAAAUUCUUCAACACCUGAGGCUUCUUCCAUUUGUACUGCCCAGCCGGCGGCGACAUCCACGCCGACUAACUUAAUCCGUAGAAGUCCAAGGUUGAUGUCUCUCCGAAGGGAUUCGACAGCAUCGGGUGACUCGUCUUUGGUGAGCCGUAUACCACUAACAUUCGCGGGUAUCAAGGGUCGAAGGCCGAUUCGUGCAUAUAACACCCCAAAGAAGACCACUCAGAGAGCGCCGAGGACCCCGAAUCAACCGAGUUCCCCGGUGUUCCCAAAGAUUGUCAAAAAGACAAUGAAGACGCCAAUGAAGACAUCAAACCACUCACCAACCGAGUCUCCCAAGAAUUCGCCAGUGAAGUCUCCAAAUAAACUAGAGUUUUCUCCUAAGCCAGAUUCCCCUGAAGCUGGCACCAGUUCAGCUUUGUCGGCACAACAGAAUGGAAGAAAGCGGACUCUAUUCCAAGGAUCCUCAACAUCGACAGGCUUCGAAACGCCCACAAAACGAGCCCGACUCUCAGUUUUAAAAGUGAACAUGGUAUCGCCUUUCUCCAUGAAUCGUAACAAGGAAAUAAAGUCCGUGGUCGUAGAUGGUGAUAGCCGCUCUGAAGUGUCCUACGAGAUCCCACCCAACGUGGACCAGCAAGUCGUGUUGCCGGAACUUCAUGAGGGGCUAGUGGAGCCAGAGAACCAGAUUCAGGAGGAUUCAUUCCCGAUUCAAAUUGAGGCAAGGGAGUGCCGCGAAACGUCAACCAACACAGACAUUUCGAUUCCACCAAAUGGAAAUACCCUUCGUAAGGGAUGCAGCAUCAUGUAAAAUCCAAACAUUACAGAUUACAUAGUUGAAAUUUGAUUCUUCAAAAGCACAGACAUUCCGGAUAAAUACCUUCCCUACUUGUCUCAAGAAAAUGUAAAUUUUGUUCAGGAUCAUGAAUACAUUUAAAAAGAAGAAAACGAUACAUAUCCACCUGAUUAACUUGUUACGCAAAUUAAAAAAUAAUCGUAUUCUACCAAUUCCGGAGAAUCGAUAUGA